CUGAGGGCUGCAGCCAUUGCCGCGCCCACAGGACGCCUGCUCUGGUGGCGGCGGGUCCGCGUCUAUUUCUCUUUUUUUUUUUUUUUUUUCUUUUCCCUCAUUUAUUCCCUGCAGCCCCUUCACGUGAAGUUCCCUUGAUAUUUUCCGGGCAGGCAAACCGCGCCUUGUGCGGUGUGAGGGUCUGUCCUGGCCUCCCACAGUGAGGCCAGAUCUAUUUCACUUCGCAGCGGGGCUCCGGCGCACCUCGAGCCCUCCAACGGAGGGUUGGAGGCGCUUUUAACUGAGAAUGAGGAUGAAAAACCAAAGUAUAAUUGGUCAAAAUAGGGCAUUUUUUAAUGACCAAAGUGUGAACUCCAGUUUAAAGUUGCUGUCAGCUUCUGGACAAUGGACCACAUUGGGUUCCAAAGUGACAAAAAUUGACGCUACAGUGGUACCCUGUACACAGAUUUCCAUGUCAUUUUUUGAUCGGCUGUACUCUGAAGGAAUUGUUAGAGAAGCUGGCACUAUUGUGAAAUGUUAUGAUGAUUAUUACGAUGAUAUUCUUAUCUCUGAUGAAUUAAGGAAGGUUUUGCUUCUGGAGGAUUCUGACCAUUAUGAUUUAUUUACUCAAUUGGAUCGUGAAGAAUUUCUGUUCUGUCUUUUUAAGCAUUUUUGCAUUGGAGGAACUCUUUGCCAGUUUGAAGAUGUAGUUGACCCAUACUUAGAAACUACAAAAGCUUUUUAUAAAGACUUGGUGAGUGUUCAAAAGAACCCUGAAACAAAAGAAAUACGUAUUAUUUCUACAGUCUUCAGAGUGUCUGCAUAUGAUGUUAAUGGCCUGUGUUACCCUUCAAGCAAAAGCCACGGACAGACUUUUGCCUACUUGAUUGUGGAUCCCUGCAAGCGACACGUGAAUAUUUUGUAUCACUGUUUCGGUGAAAGCCUAUUUACAAACUAGUUAUAAACCUGGCUGGUGCCCAGUUUUAUAAUGGAGAUUGCCUUCUUUCUGUUGGGUUCAGGUAGACAUUGCAGUUUUCUGACGAGGAAAGCUCUACUCCUUGAUGACUGUGCUCAGAAGUGCUUCUCAUUCACUCAAAUGUUACUGUGUGGUUAAUGACAGUAGUUUUCAGGUAUUUAUAGUUCUUGAAGCUGUUUCUUGGCCGUUUCCCCCCUUCCCUCACCCGUGUUAUUUAAUAAAAUGUAUUUCUCUA